AAAAAAAGGGUCUCUUUGAAUCUAAUUUUUGUGCCCAAAACUUUUGGGGCCAAAUUGGGGGUAAAGCCCAUUUUGGCUUUGUUUUGUAUUGGCGAGACGGAAGAGGACUACUGCUAAAAGCAAUUAGAAGCAACUAUUUCGUUUCCAUUUCGGCUCGAAUCAGACUCUUGAAAAUAGCUUAGGCGAUUAUGCGAUCCGAUCUUCUUCGAAAUACUCUUCGCGGCGGCUACCGGGCCCCUGCUAGUCCCAAGAGACGCUUCUCUUCCUCUGCUCAUAACGACGAUGCUUUUGAGGUGGCUGAGGCAUCAAAGUGGGAGAAGAUAACAUAUUUGGGCAUUGCAACAUGCACUAUCUUAGCUAUUUAUAAUCUAUCAAAGGGCCAUCGCCACCAUGAAGAGCCUCCUCCGUACCCAUAUUUGCACAUUCGCAACAAGGAGUUCCUAUGGGGAUUGCAAUUAAUAGCAUGCAGAUAGCAUCAUAGUGGCUGGGGCAUCCAAGACGACAUUUGGUUGAGUUCAAGUGAAUCCAGACUUCUAAGCGAAAUGCCCCACGUUUGUCAUCCCUGUUUAAUUGUUAUUUGAGGCUCCUUAAACACGUUUAUUUACCAUUUUUUUUUUGUUCGAGUUUUAAAUCAGGACAAGGUUUGUUUAUCUGAGAUGCUUUUUCCCCCUUGUGUGCAGGACCAGAUGGGCUUUUUGAGAAGAAGCACCAUUAAUAAGUGACAAGGGCCCAUUGCAAGAAGAUAUCUGAAGUACCCUCUUUUAGCACGUUCUUCUCUUAUGCCAGCGAUUGGGCAACUUUUUAUGUUCUAUGAAUUGAUGUUGAUUUUGUGACUAUACACAUGGCUAGUUGUUUAGUGUUUUUUGUUCUUUUACCUAUGCACUGCUUGCUAAUGAAUAAAAUCUGAGGAAAGAUGUGAGAUUUCUCAUUCCA